GAUUUAUCAUUUGAGUCUCACGUGGGUACUAUCCUCUACAAGAUAUGUAAACAUUUAAAACCACAUUUAUAAAAUUUGUAACUGUAAACCAUUUGAAUUUCUGUUAAAAUAUGAGUGUUUGAUAUUGUUGCGUAAUUUAAAUAUCGUUCACUAUGGUUAAACUUGAUGAAGACAAUGUAGUAAUAAAGAAAAUCGAAGGUGGAAGUAUCAUCAGCCAUGCACCACUAUUUUCAGAAGAUGGAAGAUUCAUUUAUGUGGGCUGUGCUGCGGACAUCAAUUGUUUUAAUGUUAACUCUGGAAAAUUAGUAGCUAACUACACUGCUGAUGAUAGCUUUGGUCGAAUUGUUAGUUUAAAUUUUCAUCCUUCCAAUGAUAAAUUAUUGAUUGCUGUUCAUUUAAAUGGUGUUAUAGUUUUUUGGAAUUUGAUUGGAACUCAAUCUGCCAAACUUUUGCAACAAAAAGAAUUAGAUUUAAAAGAAUCUCAUGUUACAAAUGGAAAAUGCUUAUCAAAAAAUCAUUGUUCUUAUGAUGUUGAUUGUAUUGUUAUAUCAUAUAAAUUGCGAACUACUAAUACUGAAGAUGUUAAUAUUGGAUUAUUUUCAUUGGAGGAAGGGAUAUUAUUACACAAAUUUGACGAAGCGUUUGAACAUUUACCACAUAAUUGGUCAUUAGGAGGUUUUGAAGAUGUGCCUUAUCUUGCAUUAUCCAAUAAAAAUGUAAUACAUAUUUAUAAUUUAUUAAAUUAUAAAAAAAAUAAGAUUAAAUUAGGAUCUGGUAGAACAGUAACUGUUACACAAUGUCAUCCUAAUUCCAAUACUUUAGCAAUUGGAGAUAACACCGGAAGAGUUGUUUUAUAUUAUGAAGUAAUGCAUAAAAGUACAAGAUCUCAAACGGUUUAUCAUUGGCAUACUCUUCCUGUAAAUGAUGUUAUAUUUACAAGUAGUGGUAACCAUUUUUAUAGUGGAGGCGCAGAAAAUGUAUUGGUAAAAUGGUUUUGUGAAAACACUGAAACUAGACAUUAUUUGCCUAGACUACCAGCAAAUAUUAUUCAUUUAUCAGUUACAGAAGAUAAUCAAUAUGUUGCUGUGUCUACUCAAGAUAAUGGAAUAUUAAUUAUAAACUCGCAGAAUCGUAUUCAUUCUAUUGUACAAAAGUUCACAUGGGGAGUGCAUGCAUCAACAGUGGAAGAGUUUGAAAAGGUGUUUCCAGCUGGUGUUGCAUUUGAUACCCGUUCAAGAUCUCUUGUAACAAACGGAUGGCCUGGUCAUAUUCAAUUUUUUUCAUUGGACCAAUCACAGUUAUCAUUUAAUAUGGAUAUUGUAUGUCAAAAUUAUGUAUCCCAAACAAGAGAUCAGGGUGUAUUUAAUGCUGAUGUUUGUUUGUUGGCAAUAAGUGAUGAUAGCAUUUGGUUAGCAACUGUCGAACGAAGACCUUUUGAUGAUAGAUACAUUGUAGAUGAUGUCCUCAAGUUCUGGACUUUUAAUGAAAAAUUACAAACUUAUUCACUGAAUACUUAUACAAGUUCAGUAGAUAGAAUUUCUAAAGUAUAUUUUCGCCCAUCAGUAGAUUCUGACGGUUUGCAUAUGGCUGCUACAAUGCAUCAAGAUGUUUAUAAACUUUGGUCUCCAUAUGAUUUAUUGGAAAAUGAUAAAAAUCAAACUAAAUCAUGGCAACAUGAGUACACUAGCAAACAUUAUCAUGAUCAACCAUUGAAUGCAAUCAGUUUUUCUGAAGAUGGAUGUAUAUUAGCUGCAGCUUUUGGUCCCAGUAUAGUACUAAAAGUUCUUGAUGUCUCUGAUGAUUUUAAAACUAGUCUUACUCAUGGUUUUGAAAAUAUUAGAUUAUUAGAAUUUGGUAAAAACACAAGUAGUUGGAUGCUAGUAGCUGCAUCAAAAACAAGAAUUAUGGUGUGGAAUGUGCUAAGCGAGACAUUACUUACAACUAUUUGGGUUCAAGUUGAAAGAUUAAUUGCUGAUCCAAUGUCAGAAUAUAUGGCUGUUUUUACUCCCAAUAAUGAUUUAUUUGUAUUCACUCCAAACAGCACAAACAUAAUCUAUAAAAAACAAAAUAUAUUUGGCAAAAAUAAUGAAAAUACUUCUAUUUUGUGGGCAUUGUUUGCUCCUAAAUCAGAUUGUCAAAGUGGUCAAAAUUCAUCUUGGCUAGACAAUUCAACACUUUACAUGUUGACCAACCAACAAGAACUUUUAAAGUUUGACAAGGCUGACACUCUUCAAAAUAUGGUUGAAACAUUUGUAGAUGAUAAUUUUACUAAUCUAACACCUCUUGGACGUAUUAUUUCUAAUAAAGAAAUCAUUCAUAAUUCUGAAGGUUCUAAAAAGUUGCCAGAAUUUGAAACACUUAUUGAUGAAGAUAAAUCAGCAUUUGAGAUACUUGAGGAACCAGCUCAUUUGAUGUUACCCUUAGAAUCUCAACUUGAACGUAUUUUACUUGCAUGCUUAAAAACAUGAAACACAUACUGCUUUUAGGCAUCAAAUGAGAAGUACAGUUACACAUUUCUAAUUGUUUUUGACGACGACAAUUAACAAUGCAAGAACUGUAACUAUAUUUUGAGCUAACAUCCAGAUAAUUCUCCCAUGGAAAUCUACAUCUACAAUUAAUAUAUAAGUUCAAUAUUAUUUUGUAUUAUGCUUAAUUAGCUCAUUGAAUUAUAUUUUAUUAUGAGGUAAACAUAAAUGGUAUUCAAACAUAAAUUAUAGUUUGUAUUAAUCGAUUAAAUGAUUUUGCUAAAAUCAA